UAUAUAAACUGUUUCUGCAGCUUGAGUUAGUGAAGCUACGUUAUGGAGGAAGGUGAAGAAUCUCACCCUAUAGAUGAUCUGUCAAGAGAACAUGCUGCUAAUUCUAGUGAGGGAGACCAGGAGGAUUCCAAUAGGCUUCGUCUCACUUCAAGGCCAUCCACAUACUUUGAUGAGAAAAUUGCCAUUCCAAAAACAGAGACUACAAAGUUCAGCUUUAGAAAGUUAUGGGCCUUUACUGGACCUGGAUUCUUGAUGAGUAUAGCCUAUCUUGAUCCAGGAAAUAUAGAAUCUGAUCUUAGAUCUGGAGCACUGGCUGGUUUCAAGUUACUAUGGUUGUUGUUGCUUGCCACUGUUCUGGGACUGUUGAUGCAGCGACUGUCAGCAAGACUAGGGGUUGUCACGGGAAUGCAUCUGGCUGAAGUUUGUUGCAGACUGUAUCCCAGGUUUCCUAGAAUAUUACUGUGGGUGAUGGUUGAAAUAGCUAUCAUAGGUUCAGACAUGCAGGAAGUUAUAGGUACAGCAAUUGCCUUCUAUCUUCUUUCAAAUGGGAGGAUACCUCUGUGGGCUGGUGUGUUGAUAACAAUAGCUGACACAUUUACCUUCCUGCUGCUAGAUAAAUAUGGCUUACGGAAGUUGGAGGCUUUCUUCGGCUUUCUCAUACUUGUCAUGGCUAUUUCUUUUGGAUAUGAGUAUGUGACAGUAGCUCCCAACCAGGUAGAUGUUUUGGAAGGGAUGUUUGUGCCUUACUGUAGUCACUGUGGCUCCAGACAACUUCUGCAGGCAGUCGGGGUAGUAGGGGCUGUUAUUAUGCCACACAACAUGUACCUACAUUCAGCAUUAGUAAAGUCCCGAGAUGUAGACCGGUCCAAGAAGGCAGAAGUGAGAGAGGCAAACUUCUAUUUUUUCAUUGAAGCAAGCAUUGCACUAUUUGUAUCAUUUCUCAUCAAUCUAUUUGUGGUGGCAGUUUUUGCUGAAGGUUUCUAUGGAAAAAAUUCUGCUGGGAUAUAUGAAAAUUGCAAAGCUAGUAAUAAUCCCCAUGCAGAUGUUUUUAAAACAAACUCAUCCGAGGUAGAAGUAGACAUAUUUAAAGGGGGUGUGUUUCUUGGUUGUGAGUUUGGAAUAGCAGCAAUGUAUAUUUGGGCUGUAGGUAUACUUGCAGCAGGUCAAAGCUCAACAAUGACAGGGACAUAUACAGGGCAGUUUGUCAUGGAGGGGUUUUUGGAUUUAAAAUGGGAGAGAUGGCAGAGAGUGUUGCUGACAAGAUCUAUUGCUAUAUUACCCACAAUCCUGCUGGCAGUGUUUAAGGGUAUACAAGAUCUGACAUACAUGAAUGAUCUACUCAAUGUCAUAAUGAGUCUACAGUUACCGUUUGCCUUAAUUCCUGUACUCACAUUCACCAGUGCCAAAAACUUGAUGGGAACUUUUGUCAAUGGAAUAGCAGUGAUGAUAGCUGCUGGUCUACUUACCAUUAUAGUAAUUGGGAUAAACCUGUUCUUUGUCGUGGUAUUUAUACAGGAUUUACCUUCCCACUGGGCAAUAUACCUGGCAAUGUCAGUGCUUAUUAUCCUGUAUUUACUCUUUGUCAUCUAUCUGGCAUGGUAUUGUUUAAUUGUGAUGGGCUGUAGAGUUCUUGAAAAUAUACCAUGUUGUUGGCAGAAGCCACUUAUUCCAUCUCUGGGAGAAACAUUCCCACUAACUUAAAGCUGUCGGUAGAAAGAAAGUGCCUGCCGUGCUUAAAACAGACUGGACCAUAUGGAACGUUUGAUGAUACAGGUUAUCUCACCAAUGACACAGUGAUGGAAAACACUGCAGAGGAUAAUACUCAAGAUACCAUGUCAUGAUUGACGACUUGAAACAUUCCAUUAUAAUAGAUAUAAUUGUAAAGGGGAAGGAAAGCCUUAACAUAAGUUGAUUUGAUUUCACCGGCACUGAAGGUUCUAGGUGAGCUAUUAUUGUAAGUGGAUAGUUUGUCAUCCAUCAUGCUCAUUUUACAUAGACUCGUCUUUUCUGAAACUGCUGGUCAGAAUAAAACCAGACUUAGUAUGUAGUGUCCUUGCAAGAUCCUUGUAUCAGAUUUGUUCAAAUGGGGGCACUUGACCCCUUUUAUGGGACGCUAGAACUAAAUAUAGAAAACCUUUAAACAACUUAUCAUGAAUAGCUUGAUGGAUCUUCAUAAAAUUUGGUCUGAAGCAGCACUAUAUGGUUCUCUUCAAAUUUUAUUUAAAAGGGGGCACUUGGCCCCUUUUAGGGACCACUAGAAAUAAAGAUAGAAAAAACCUUUCUUAUAAAUCUCAUGAUGGAUCUUCAUUAAACUUUGUCAGUAGCAUGAUUAUAAGGUCCCCUUUCAAUUUGUUCAAAGGGGACACUUGGCCGCUAGAACUAAGAAUAAAGAUAUCUUUAUAAUACCUUGAACCACCUGGUGGAUCUUAGUUAAACUUGGUACUUAGCUUCCUUGUAAUGGCCUUUUGCAAAUUUGAUCAAAUGUGGGCAUAUCACUAUCUUGUUUUAUGUUUUUUUAUACUAAACACAAUUGUUACCAUUCAUGAUUCAGUGUGUCAUACAUUAUAUUCAAAGUCAAAAAGACAAGGUCAAGUCUGGGGCCUCCGUGGCCGAGUGGCUGACUUCAAAUCACUUGCCCCUCAUCGAUGUGGGUUCGAGCCUCACUCAGGGCGUUGAAUUCUUCAUGUGAGGAAGCCAUCCAGCUGGCUUACGGAAGGUCGGUGGUUCUACCCAGGUGCCCGCUCGUGAUGAAACAAUGCACAGAGGGGCACCUGGGGUCUUCCUCCACCAUUAAAGCUGGAAAGUCGCCAUAUGACCUAUCGUGUCGAUGCAACGUUAAAUCCAACUAAGGUCAAGUGAGCGACUUAUUUGUAUUUGAAUGUCAUCAUGCAACCAGUCUUAAUGCUGAAAGAGUUUUCAAAAUUUUACAACUAUGGCAGGUUGUUCUUUUUGGAAAAAGUAGUGUUAUAAUUAGUAAUAAAAUUAAAAUGUAUAUUAAUUAAAAAAAAACAACAACAAAUUUUAUCUUGCCAUUUUGUUUAUGUUGCUAUUGAAACAUUUUGACUGCCAUCUUUUAUAAAUGUUAAAAUGUUUUUAUAAAAAUUUUAUACUUUUUUUUAAGACAUAAGUGCCAGAAUGAGCAUAAGAACAAAGGCAACUUUCUUUUGAAGAUUUUUCACGGAAGUGGAAGCAUUUUUACUCCAUGUGUUCAGUACUUUAUAAAUAUAAUGUCUUUUUAAACUUAAGUAAUACAUUAAAGCAUUGACUUAUGGCUAUAUAUUGACAUGCACACAUGACCAAGGUUGUAGAAAUUUGUUUGGCAUUUAACUUGACAUUGUGUUACAUUUGGGAAGAUAUAACAAAAAGAAUCUUGUAUACACAGACAAUUGUGAAAUUAGGAUAAAUUUAUACAAGAGUUGUUCAACUUACAUUUGAAUACAUAAACAUGCAUGUUCAAUGAUCCAUAUUUCAUUGGAACAAAAUGCUAAAUCUGACAUCCAUUACAAAAAUAUAAUAACUCUGCAACAGAGUUGUAUUGAUAGUUUAUU